AUGAUUCACUCACUACCCCAAGAACUAAUAUUGAGCAUAGCGGAUUUCUUGGAUUCGCAAAGUGAUAUCAACGCUCUUGGUCAAACAUGCCGGCACUUACAUCGCAUUCUUGACUUCGAACUGUACCUUCACGAUGCGAAGCACUCUGGUGGCUCAGCCUUGUUCUGGGCUUCGAUACGUAACCAGGAACAGACGGUAAAGAAGGCACUGCAGGUAUGGGGCAUGAGAGAGGAGAAUUGUAUUACUGCACGCGAGUCCGCUUAUUCAAUCUUGGAGCACCGAGUUCUUCAGGCUCUCACCUACAUGGGGUGGACGUUCAUGGUUUCACCCGGUCAUCCUAUUUUGACGCGGUCGCCACUAUUUUGGGCUGCUGACCAUGAACAUGUCGCCAUCGUUCGGAUGCUUUUAGAAUCUGGCGAGUUUGAUGUACACCAAAGAGAUCCACAGGGGAAUUCUCUCCUCCACAUAGCCGCCGGUUGGGGUAAGGACGCCAUUGUGAAGUUACUCCUGGAUAUGGACGAGCUGGACGCCGAUGUGAAGGAUGAAGGUGGCCACACGCCACUGUAUUGCGCUGUUGCGGCAGAUUCUCCCUCUACUAUGAAACUCCUUCUGCAGACGGGCAAAUUCGACGCUGGGGAAACAGACGCAAAGGGCCGUACGUUGUUGUCUAUUGCUGCUGGAACGGGCAAGGUGGCAGCGCUCCGGUAUCUAAUGGGCCUGUGGGAGGGGGACAUAGACAAAGCAGAUGUUUACGGACGCACAACGCUAUCAUACGCCGCCGGAUCUGGGCAUGAGUCUAUCGAAAAGAUGCUUCUUGAUUCCGGUAGAGUGGACGCCAAUUCAACAGACAAAGCCGGAUGGACGCCGCUGUCCCACGCGACAACAUGGUGGGACGGGGCUAUAGUGAAGACGCUUCUCGAGUCGGGGAAGAUUAACGCCGAGAUGAAUAUGGGCGUACUGCACUUUCUCACGCGGCUGGCUCUGGCAGGAAGACUGCAGUACGGUCGUUGA